CAAAGCAUAAAGCGAACCAAGUUUUGUUCGACACAUCGCAGUCUUUUGAAAACCGUUCAAUAGUGAACAAGUUCUCUCGCCUUCAACAAUCGAUCGAUACAUUCGGAAAACUCGUUUCAUACCUAGUGUACUGAAAAGUUCAGUUAAUCCAAAUUUACGUGAAUUUUCAAUUGCGCACUUCUUGAAUUACGGCGUAGUUCAACUUUUUUCACCUGCGGGUAAAAAACAAAGAAGACAAAACAAAAUGUCGGAGGCCCAUUUCGAUGAGUACGAGAAGUACAACUUCGACCAUGACAAGCACAUGUUCUCCGGUCAUUCGGGAAAGGGCCGCUCCAAGAAGGAGGCCAGUACCCACACCAACCAUUUCGACCCCAACGGCCACUCCAGGAAAAUUGCGACCAAACUGCGGAACACGGAACAGAAUAAGAAGGAUAAACCAAAGAACUAAGUAGCCAUUGCAAGUCGAAACCUCAAAGCAAAUUUACAACGCAAUUUAUUCAAAGAUACGUCCCCCUUAGACUAACAAAUCGGAAAGCGCCUACUGCGUUUUGUUGAAGUUGAAAAUGAUGAAGACUUUCUGGCUAUACUUCAAAUGGUACCCGAGGUGAUAUAUUGCCAUAAUAAUGUGAUGUGAUGGGAAAAAAAUCGAUAUUAUUAGUUUUUUUUGUUCUACUGUCCCGAGUGCUGACACGGGAGCAGGUGAUUACAAAAAGAAAUCUGCCCUACUUGGGCGAUACUGAAGAGAAGAAAAAAACGCGCUCUCGAGUGUCCUCGGUUCAGCCGUGUUGUUGAUGGUUCGAACUGGUGGAUUUUGUAACGAUGGGCCUGGUGUACAUCGGAACGAUUUCCAUUUUUGAUGAGCACACUCACACACAUCCUUGCAUGCGCCUGCGUGCUGAAAAAAAAUGCAAAAUCAUAUGCAUGUAACUACACACUACCAUGCUUCCUGAACUGAUUGGAAUCUGCCGUUAAGCUAACCUUGAACUCGCAUGGAUUCAUGUAGGUACGAAAUCGUCGUUUCCAAAGUGGUAGUUAACUCAUAUGAACAUUGUACGAAGAGCAAUGUUUGCAAAAAUAAAAACAUCUCACACCGCUGUUUAACUUGAA